UUCAGGCAGCUUGUGUGUGUGCAGCAGUAAUGUAGUCGAGUCAAGCUCUCUCUGUACAGAUGCUUAAGGGUAAUUACAGCACUCUGUGACUCACAGCGUUGUGGAUUUGACACAAUCGCCUGCCUCGGAGUAAUGGAGAGGUUCACCAUGUAGACAGCAGCCGACUGGAAGCAGGUAGAAUGGGAAACCACGUAUGGAGUGCCGCCAGUCUGCAGCCGUGGUGAGCGCAGACGUCCUCAGGACCUCAGUUGGGAUCUCGCGGAUGGCUGUCGCAUCCUCGCUCGCGUAACGCCGGGGAGCCUCUCUUCAAUUCAGCGGACUGGAUCGGUUUUUUUCUUCAUCCUCCUCUCUUACCUUCUGCGGUCUCCUGCGUUGCUCAAAUUUGAUUAGAUACCCAUUCUCCAGGCACGCCGGGGACUCCUCCUCUGCCCGUGUGGCGUUUUUUCCAUUUGUCUAAUCUCAAGUUCAAUCGGCUUUGAAGAAAGCUACCGAGCAAUACCAUGGGGGACAUGACGAAUAGCGAUUUUUACUCCAAGAACCAAAGAAACGACAGCAACCAUGCGGGAGGUUUUGGCUGUGGACUUAUGGAGCUCCGCUCCCUCAUGGAGCUCAGAGGAAUGGAGGCAGUGGUGAAAAUCCAGGAGGACUAUGGCGGUAUUGAGGGACUGUGCCAGAGGCUGAAAACGUGUCCGACAGUGGGUUUGGAAGGUGAUUCUUCUGACCUAGAUAAGAGAAGAGAAACCUUGGGGCAAAAUCUUAUACCUCCAAAGAAGCCAAAAACUUUUUUACAGUUAGUGUGGGAAGCGUUACAAGAUGUUACCCUCAUCAUCCUUGAAAUCGCAGCCAUAAUAUCGCUGGGACUGUCCUUUUAUCAGCCGCCCGGAGAGGGCAGCGAGGCCUGUGGCACAGUGAAUGCGGGUGCAGAGGACGAGGGGGAAUCGGAAGCCGGCUGGAUCGAGGGGGCUGCGAUCUUACUUUCUGUGGUGUGUGUCGUCCUGGUUACGGCUUUCAAUGACUGGAGUAAGGAGAAGCAGUUCAGAGGUUUACAGAGUCGCAUCGAGCAGGAGCAAAAAUUCCAGGUGGUGCGUGGAGGCCAGACCAUCCAACUUCCGGUGGCUGAUAUUGUAGUUGGCGACAUUGCACUAGUCAAGUAUGGUGACCUGCUACCAGCCGAUGGAAUCUUAAUAUACUCCAGUGAUAUGAAGAUUGAUGAGAGCUCUCUAACUGGGGAAUCAGAUCAUGUGCAAAAAGCUAUAGAGAAAGACCCAAUGCUUCUCUCUGGCACCCAUGUGAUGGAGGGCUCGGGUCGGAUGGUGGUCACGGCCGUCGGGGUGAACUCUCAGACUGGCAUAAUUUUCACCCUGCUCAGUACUGGCGGAGAGGAGGAAGAGAAAAAAGAAAAGAAAGGUCAGGCUCUGGAAGAUGGCCAUCAGCUAGCAGACUGCUCCCAUCCCUCCUCACACCCCAUCGCAACUAUAGCUACUGACGGUGCUGCAAGCGCAAAUGCCCCUGGUAAUACCAGCCUAGUCAAUGGUAAAAUGCAGGAUGGAAAUAUGGAGAACUGCCAGACCAAAGUUAAGAAGCAGGAUGGUGCCGCGGCGAUGGAGAUGCAGCCCUUGAAGAGUGCAGAGGGUGGGGAAACCGAUGAGAAAGAGAAGAAAAAAUCCAGCGGGUCCAAGAAAGAGAAAUCUGUUCUGCAAGGAAAACUGACAAAGCUGGCUGUACAGAUCGGCAAAGCAGGUUUGGUGAUGUCUGCCAUUACAGUCAUCAUUCUGGUGCUCUACUUUGCUAUCGAAAACUUUGUGCUUCAGAAGAGGCAGUGGCUGCCAGAAUGCACUCCCAUCUAUAUACAAUACUUUGUCAAAUUCUUCAUCAUUGGUGUGACGGUGUUGGUGGUGGCGGUACCUGAAGGCCUUCCGCUUGCUGUCACCAUUUCUCUCGCCUACUCGGUCAAGAAAAUGAUGAAAGACAACAACUUAGUACGUCAUCUGGAUGCUUGUGAGACAAUGGGCAAUGCCACGGCUAUAUGUUCGGACAAGACUGGAACACUGACCACCAAUCGAAUGACAGCAGUGCAGUUGUAUGUGGCAGAUGUCCAUUACAAGUUGAUCCCGGACCCUGGAUCCAUCCCACCCAAAACUCUGGAUAUUCUGGUCAAGGCUAUUGCCAUCAACAGCGCAUAUACCUCGAAAAUACUGCCUCCAGAUCAGGAAGGGGCUCUUCCCAAACAAGUGGGCAACAAGACUGAAUGCGGCCUGUUGGGACUGGUCCUCGAGCUGAAACAAGACUUUCAGCGUGUCCGGGACCUCAAUUCGGAGGACAAAUUUGAAAAAGUCUACACCUUCAACUCGGACAGAAAGUCGAUGAGUACCGUUAUUAAACAACCUGACGGAGGUUUCAGAAUGUUUAGUAAAGGAGCCUCUGAGAUUGUCCUAAGGAAGUGCUCUUACAUUCUGAAUGAGGUAAGCGAACCACGCGUCUUCAGGCCGAGGGACAGGGACGAGAUGGUGAAAAAAGUCAUCGAACCCAUGGCCUGUGAAGGACUCCGAACAAUCUGUGUGGCUUACCGGGAUUUCCCAGCUCAACCCGACUGGGAUGAUGAAAAGAACAUAUUGUCCGAGUUGACGGCAGUAUGUGUCGUCGGGAUUGAAGAUCCUGUCAGACCAGAGGUGCCAGACGCCAUCCGGAAAUGCCAGCGUGCCGGGAUCACCGUGCGUAUGGUGACGGGAGACAACAUCGAUACUGCAAGAGCUAUUGCAAUCAAGUGCGGCAUCAUCCACCCCGGAGAAGAUUUCCUGUGCAUCGAUGGGAAGGAGUUCAACAGGAGGAUCAGGAAUGAGAAGGGAGAGGUCGAGCAGGAACGCAUUGAUAAGUUGUGGCCCAAACUGCGAGUGCUGGCCAGAUCUUCACCCACAGACAAACACACCCUCGUCAAAGGUAUCAUUGAUAGUACACUGGUGGACCAGAGGCAGGUGGUAGCUGUAACCGGUGACGGGACCAACGACGGUCCGGCCCUUAAGAAAGCUGAUGUCGGUUUUGCAAUGGGAAUCGCAGGUACAGAUGUGGCCAAAGAGGCGUCUGACAUCAUCCUGACAGAUGAUAAUUUCUCCAGCAUUGUGAAGGCUGUGAUGUGGGGACGCAACGUCUACGACAGCAUCUCAAAGUUCCUGCAGUUCCAGCUGACGGUUAAUGUGGUGGCUGUGAUCGUUGCCUUCACCGGAGCAUGUAUCACACAGGAUUCUCCUCUUAAAGCAGUCCAGAUGUUGUGGGUCAACCUGAUCAUGGACACGUUUGCAUCUUUGGCUUUGGCCACCGAGCCGCCUACUGAAUCUCUGUUGAUGCGAAAACCCUACGGUCGAAACAAACCUCUGAUCUCCAGCACCAUGACCAAGAACAUCCUGGGCCACGGCAUCUACCAGCUCAUAAUCAUCUUCACUCUGCUGUUUGCCGGUGAGCAGAUAUUUGACAUUGACAGCGGCAGGAAUGCACCACUGCAUUCCCCUCCAUCUGAGCACUACACCAUCAUUUUCAACACUUUCGUCAUGAUGCAGCUCUUCAAUGAGAUCAACGCCCGCAAGAUCCACGGAGAGAGGAACGUGUUCGACGGCAUCUUCAGAAAUCCCAUCUUCUGCUCCAUUGUUUUGGGCACUUUUGCAGUUCAGAUUGUGAUUGUGCAGUUUGGAGGAAAGCCAUUCAGCUGUUCUCCUCUGGACCUGGAGAAGUGGAUGUGGUGUGUGUUCCUGGGACUGGGAGAACUGGUUUGGGGACAGGUUAUAUCAUCAGUCCCGAACAGCAAGCUGAGAUUCCUCAAAAGAGCCGGUCAGCUAACGCGGAAGGAUGAAAUGCCCGAGGAGGAGCUCAACGAAGACCAGGAGGAGAUUGAUCACGGGGAGAGAGAGCUCCGGCGAGGGCAGAUCUUGUGGUUCAGAGGCCUCAAUAGAAUUCAAACUCAGAUACGUGUCGUGAACGCAUUUCGUAGCUCGCUCUACGAAGGCUUGGAAAAACCCGAAUCCAGAACCUCCAUCCACAAUUUCAUGAGUCACCCGGAGUUUAGAAUAGAGGACUCGACGCCCCACAUUCCUCUCAUAGACGACAUCGACAUGGACGACGAGGCCGCCAGAAAGAACUCCACUCAACCCUCGUCUCCCAACAAGAACAACAACGCCAUCGACAGCGGUAUCAAUCUGACUACCGACACGAGUAAAUCAGCCGCAUCCUCCAUUACCGGGAGCCCGCUUCAUAGCCUGGAGACAUCACUUUAGCUGCCUCACGCCGGAGAUUGUCCACCAACCGUCUUAGACCAAACCUUACUAAAAAGUGCCCGUUGACUGAAGGUGCGGUCACGUUCUUUUGUUGUGUAUGACCGGGAUGGGAAGGACGGACUUGUUUACGUCGACGGCGGAGUGACUGGAGAAACAGUGUGAGCAACAUUACCACUCCUAUUUCCUGAGGAAACGAGAGACUACUUGAGUAAUUUAAAGCUAUUGUUAAUGUCGCUCCUGCAUGAAUGUACAUUACCCAGGUUUUUCUUUGAAGAAGGCUUUAUUUUGAUUGAAACGUUGGGAUUGGCUAUUUUAAGACAGCUUCUCUGAUUCACUGAUCUGUGAGAAUUGUGUGUGGCAUGUAUCUCAUUGUAUAGAUUUCUUUGGUUAAGGUGUAUCCGGGCAGCAGGGCUCAACUUGCACAGUAGAUUCGCACCUGCCGGAAAGGAGAAACCCUUCAGAAUUGAUUAAGCGUACAUAUAUAUUUAUAGAUCCAUUAUAAAUAUAUAUUUACAGAGUUUAUCUUUAUUUGUUGGCAUGUUGCCUUGUUCUGCUUCAAUGACUCUUAACUACUUUAACUUAUUUAAGUCCUAAAAAGAAUGUAAUUUGUUUACAAAACCUUUAGAUACGUCCUGUUUUCUUUGUAGGGUUUAAAACUACUUUCCUGGGUUCAAAACCACGCGGCAGACGUAGACAGUUGUUCAGUUUCUCCUCUAGGUGUUUUAUUACCAAUUGUGUGCUGGACUUGCCUGCUAUUUUGUCGACUAAUGUAGAUCUUUUUUAGAGGAUAACAAAAAGAAACAAAAACAUAGUGGGAUAUAGCGUUAAUGUGGCAUCUUAGUAUUACACGAUCCACGGCGAGCACCCCCACCCGAAAAAACGACGUUUGGCAUACAAUUCGAAGCUGGAACGAUCUCGCGGUCGUGUGAGCGGAUACUUCAGGUUGGGUUGAAAUGUUUUCUUUGGAAAUGAAAAAGUUUCAGAUGAAUUUUAUGUUGGAAACAUGUUAACUGUUCAAACUUCUAUUUGGCAUCUCUGUAUGGAAAUCAAAAAUGUGUUAAAAUAUUGUGCUAUAUUGUGUUGAUUCAUCUUUUUUUGACGUUUGAUUUGUAGAUUUCUUUCGUCUAAGGAGCCCAGCUCCCGAGCUGACGUCCCUUUGAACAACUGAAGUACGAAACGAAACAAAAAAGGAAUGUUGCUUUUGACUCUUUUCUUAAAAAAAGAAAAACCCGAAGCAAAACAAACAAAAAAAAAACAUACAUUUAUGAUCCUUUUCUGCACUAUCCGGAUAUGAAUGAAUUUCUGUGGUGUAAAUUUAGAUGUGCUUCUGUGUUAAAAAACAAGAUUGUCUUCCUGCAGUCAGUAAAAUAUACUCUAGCAUCUCAACAGUAUUCACUAGUGGUAACUAUUUAUUGUACUGGAGAACCGAAAAGACAAACGGGGUCUAUGGGAAGGCACACUUGCAGAGUCACCCAUGUGUUCAUUCCUCCAUCAUUACCAAUUGGAAACGUGGACAGACGUGAUGUCAUACGCUUAAUAUGCAAGUUCAAACGAGAUCGUUUUUCUUUCUUAGUUUGCUCAUGGAGAGAGGGCGCACAAGCUUUAACUGUUAGCUCAGGCAUUGCAAACACGACAAGAACAAGAGAAAACGAUGUCGUUUAAGACCGGCUGUCAGUCACGGAAACGCAUUUCAUUCUCACAACAUACGCACCUCGCCCGUUUUUUAUGGCGACGUGGAGGAGUUUGUCUUGAACCGCGUGUGGAUUGUAAGGACUCCGGAUGUGAACUUUUACAGUGUGAAUGGCCAGUUCGAUUUGAUACAGUUUAGUUUCGCGCCCUGCGUUGACGGGCCAACUAACGGAUGCAGUUUAAAACGUGUAUAACCAAUAAACCGAAAUGACAAGACGGUCUAAUAAUCACAGACAAUAAUAAUAGUAAUAAUAAUAUUUCUUGCAAUACAUCGGCUUCUAUGUACUGUACUUAGCAGCAUGCAUUUUGUGGAACAAAGAACAAAUGACGCCACAGGUACUUUUGGCGCACUAGCAAUUUAUGGGUAAAUGAAAAGUGUUCAUCCAUCUUGUUUUUAUGAAUUUUAUAAUCUAUACAAUAAUUGUAAAUAAAGAACUUAAUGUCUUUGUUCAUUUAAUACUAUGCAAAAAGCUUUUGAUUGUUUCUCAUCUACUCUAGAGUGUGUUGCUGGAAUGUUUGUGGUCUCAAAGUCAGUAAAACAAAACAACAACAACAAAACGAGAAAAGAAAUAUGUGAUGUAAAUGAUUUUCUAGCCUGACAACAUGAACUGACUCUUGUUGCUUCACUGUUCAUAGCACCAUUCCGGUCAGGAGCGCAAGUGAUGAAAUGAAAUGACCGAAAAAAAACCAAGCACUUAAUAAAUUCCCCGAGGAGCAUGAA